AUGAAACAAGAAACUUUAUUAUGUACUAUUGGUGUUGCUGAUCUUUAUACAAUGAUUUCACAAGUCGAAGGUGUAUUAUUAUUAAAAAGAAUGUUAGAUUAUUUUAAUUUAAAACAAAUAAAAGCAGAAGCAAUGGGUUCCCGUUUACCAUUGACUAUUGCCAACUGUUAUAUGUAUUUCUUUGAACAAAAUAUUAUUAAACAAAUAAAUAACAGUUUUGGCAUUUAUGUUCGUUAUAUUGAUGAUAUUUUUAUGGCUAUCAAUUGGCCUAAUCGUCGUUUAAUUAAACAAGUGGAGCGAUGA